AUGGAAGCGCUUCUCUCUCUCGCCUUCGACAACCUCUCCUCCUAUGACGGUCUCAAGAUCCGCAAGGGCCUGCGUCAGGUCGAAGGACUGCUUGCCCAGAUCUGCCUGUCGACACCGUCCCGUUCGAGUUCUUCUUCCUCCCCCACCAAACCCAAUGGCCACAAGCGCUCCGACAGCAAGCUGUCACCCGACCCAAGCGACGCGCCCAACGACGAGCACGACGGCCCAGAUCGCAAAUCUCUGGCUGCCCUUGGCGACGACCCGGCCUUCCGCGAGUUCUUCAAACUGCAGGAGGGCUUCGAGUGGAACGUCGCUCUGCGGUUGAUCAACACACUCGACCGACUCAUGGCCAAGAGCUCCGAUGGCCAGAACGACCUCCUGAUCCUCAGUGCCCUCGAUGCCAUUCAGGGCGUACUGCUGCUGCAUCCGCCCAGCAAAUCCCUCUUCUCGCGCGAGCAGUACAUGAACCUCCUUCUCGACCUCCUCGAACCCGUCAACUGCCCCGCUAUCCAGUCCGCCACCCUCCUCACCGUUGUCGUCGCCCUCAUCGACACACCCACAAACACCCGCACAUUCGAGGCCCUCGAUGGCCUCCUCACCGUCACCUCGCUCUUCAAGUCCCGCUCCACCUCCCGCGAAGUCAAGCUCAAGCUGGUCGAGUUCCUCUACUUCUACCUCAUGCCCGAGGUCCCAUCUAUCCCUUGGGCCGAUGCCCGCGACUCAGUACCCGCCAUGCUCCAGCGCAGCCCGAGCAAGCUGGCGAGCGCUUUUGGGCACAAGCGCGGUCACUCGCGCGCCGACAGCAGCGUCAGCGCCAGCGCUCGCAGCCGCGCCGGUAGCGAGAGCGAAGGCACGCUGAGCACGGAGGAAAAGCAGGCCCUCCUGGGGCGGCACCUCAGCAGCGUCGAGGAUCUCGUCAAGGACUUGCGCACGAGCACGCCCUUUGGUGGCGUCUUGUGA